AUGGUUAUUACUGGCAGUGAUCUACAAGGUAUUACUGAACUCAAAUUAUAUCUCAGUGAUUGUUUUAAGAUGAAAGAUCUUGGAUCUUUAAGUUGCUUUCUUGGCAUUGAAGUUGGCAUGUCACACACUGGUUAUUUCAAAUCACAAGUCAAAUAUGCAUCUGAGAUUCUACCGCGUGCAGGGCUAUCUGACAAUAAGGUAACUGACACACCUCUUGAAUUGAAUGUAAAAUACAGUCCUACAGAUGGGACUCUAUUGUCUAAUCCAACAUUGUAUCGUCAACUAGUGAGGAGUCUAAAUUACUUGACUAUUACGAGACCAGACAUAAGUCAUGCAGUUCACAUAGUCAGUCAGUUUAUUCCUGCUCCAAGGUCUACUGAUUAUGCAAAAGUUCUCAGAAUUCUAAGAUAUAUCAAGGGGUCUCUUCAUCAAGGUCUGUGUUUCUCAUCAAAGUCUGAUCUCACUCUUCAAGCUUACUCAGAUUCCGAUUGGGCUGGGGAUAUUACGGAUAUAAAAUCUAUUACAGACUAUUGUGUGUUCUUGGGAGACUCGUUUAUUUCAUGGAGAAAGUAUAGAGCACUUGCUCACACCACAUCUGAACUCAUUUGGUUACGGUGGCUACUUCGUUAUAUGGGAGUUCUAAUUUCUGCUCCUACACCACUGUAUUGUGAUAACAAGGUUGCUAUUCAAAUUACACACAAUGAUGUCUUUCAUGAGCGUACAAAACAUAUAGAGAUAGAUUGUCAUUUUACUCGUCAUCAUUUCAAGAAAGGUACAAUGACUCUUCUGCAUGUUAAAUCAGAAUUUCAAGUGGCUGAUCUUUUCACCAAGACUCACUCUGCAGCUCGUCUUCGAUUCUUAAUUUCCAGACUCAAGAUGUGUACUCCACCACCUUGA